GCAAGGCUGGCUGGGAAUGAUUGGAAGAGGAGUGGUAGGGGGCGGAGAGCGCCGGUCUCCGGUUUUGGGCGGGAAUUGAAACCGCCACUGCUGCAGCCCUGAACUUGAGAGUCGUAAAUUUCGAGCCUUGAAGUGGACCAUGGUGCGGCCUGUAAGGCAUAAGAAACCCGUCAAUUACUCACAGUUUGAGGAUUCUGACAGCGAUGAUGAUUUUAUUUCUGGAACUGUACCUUUAAAAAAGAAAUCCAGACCACAGGAGUUGAAACAAGACAGACCAAAACCUAACUUGAAGAAUCUCCAGAAUGAAGAUAUUACAGUGCAAGAGAACACCCCUAAAAAAAGAAUGGCUUUAGAUGACAAACUCUACCAGAGAGACUUAGAAGUUGCACUAGCUUUAUCAGUGAAGGAACUUCCAACAGUUGAUGUGCAGAAAUCUCACGGCAUUGAAAAACAUGGCAAUAGUAAAACAGAAACAAUGACUAAGUCUGCUCAUAUUUCUAAUUGCAGUGUAGCCAGUGAUUAUUUAGAUUUGGAUAAAAUUACUGAGGAAGAUGAUGUUCAAGGUAUUCAAGGGAAAAGGAAAGCAGCCUCUAAAGCUGCAGUACAGCAGAGGAAGAUUCUUUUGGAAGGCAGUGAUGGUGACAGUGCUAAUGACACCGAGCCAGACUUUACAACUGGUGAAGAUUCUGAGGAAGAUGCUGAUUUUGGUGAGGAUGAAGAUGAUGAUGUAGACUUCACUGUGAGAAAAAGUAAAGUUAAAGAAAUUAAAAAGAAAGAAGUGAAGGUGAAAUCCCCAGUAGAAAAGAAAGAGAAGAAGUCUAAAUCCAGAUGCAGUGCUGUGGACUCUGCUCCAGCUGCUAUCAAAUUGGAAUCUCAACCCUCACCAAAAAAGGUUUCUCUUUCUUCAGAGGCCACUAGAAAACCAUUACAAAUACGCAGUCCUUCAGCUGAAAGCAAGAGACCUAAGUGGGUGCCACCAGCUGCAUCCGGAAGUAGCAAUGGCAGUAGCCCACUGACAGGAGCGUCCGUUAAGUCUCCAAAUCAAAGUCUCCGUCUCGGCUUGUCCAGAUUAGCACGAGUUAAACCUUUGCAUCCAAGCGCCACUAGCAGCCAAGUGUGGUAGUGAAGAAAUGUUUGAGAAAAAUCACAGUUUUACAAGUGUGUUUAUAUUUGAGGAGGGAAUUGUAAUAUAAAGGAAUCCUUUCACAUGUCUUAUCUGUACUCAUUUUGGGAUUUUGUUCUCUGGAAAGCUAUUCAAGACUUCAGUAAGAGGUUUGUUGAUAAGAAUUGCCUUCUCACACCAUUUCCUUUUAAAGAGCGUAUUCUAUUUUCUUGUCAGACAUGGAAGAAGUCCACAUCGUAUGCUAUUCUUUCUAGUAAUGUGAUAUUCCCUUCUAGUUUUUUUCUAGUUUAUGGCACCUUAACUAACUGUUCAAAGUUUAUAGAAUAACUGUUCAUAGAAUUUAGUAUCAUUUUAUGAAGUCUUUUUUCAUUGUCAAAUUUUUAAGGAAAAUGGAGAAGUUUUGAAAUGUUCUCAUUUUUGAUACCAUUGCAUCUAUAUUGUCUCUGAUUAUUUACAUUUCACGAUAAAAUGAGAACACUGCAAAGAAUGUUAGUCUCUUUGUUGUAAAUAUAAACAGGAUGAAGCUAUUUCUUAAAGUAAUCACUUUUCGUUAAGCUUGUGCUCUAGAGAGGAGCCAUCCAGUACUUGGUCAUCCUUAUUAUGAUGUUAGAUAACAUAACUUUUUAGGAAGCUUGGUUCUGAAUUUAUUGUAAAUAAAAAUAGUAAUGAAAUAUUUUAUAUUUAGAAUUUCAACCAGCUCUUGAUCACUUUAAUAAAUAUUUUUCAAAUCAUGUUAACCAUUAAAAAAUAUAUAAACUCAGUUCUUGGUUUAUGGAAACAUUGAUGUUAACAUGAAUAUAAUAGAAGUGUGAUUAAAGUGAGCAUUUGCCUAUUAAUAUUGUACAUUUUCUUAUUAUGUACUUUUAUACUAUUAUAUACCCUAUCCACCCACUUUUUACAACACAUUUUCAGUACUCCGUAUGGUUCAGUGUAACAGUAAACAGCAAGAGCCUUCUCUGGGUUAGGUACUGGUCUCAUUGAGUAAUUGCUUGGCACCAGCUGGAUGAACCUGUUCCUGCCAUGUUAUUCAUGUUAAUAGUUUGUUCUUUUUGAAAAUGUUCUCAAAGUAUGUCAAAACUGGCCUGACUGAAAGCACUGAUACCUUCAUGUUGCCAAACCCAGUGUGUGUUUUUUUCACUUAA